AUGUCAAGGGACGAGGCUGCGUUGUGAAAAAAAAAAAAAAAAAAAGAAAAGAUGCUGGCACCACGUGGACAGGGGAACAGCAUUGACUUUUUCUGGUCACCAUUGACAAAGCAUCUCUCUUUUCCCCUCGAGGAGACACAAAAGACAAAAGAGGCAAAGAAACAGAGAAACAGAGACAGACAGACAGACAGACAGACAGACAGACAGACAGGCAAGAUGGAUGAAUGAAAGGGAUUGUUUAUGUCUAGGAUGUUCAUCUCUUAAGCUGUUUCUUGUUCAACUUGCUUCUUUUUCUUUUUCUUUUUCUUUGUGCAUACGUACCAUGUCUUUCUUUUUCAUUCUUUUCCUCUCUUCUUUUCCUCUCUUCUUUUUGCUCAUCUCUUCAUUGUCUUUUCUUUAUUUUUCCUUUCUUUUCUUUUCUAAUGUUGACUUAACCCAUUUGUACAUUAUAAUCGUAAUUUCUAAUCUAAUUCUUAAUCGCCCUCUUUCUCUUUCCUCUCCCCUCACUUUGCUUUCCUUGCACCAUUCCUUAUACCCCGGGUUCAUUCCCCCCACUCUUCCUCUUGCCCUUUUACCCUUCUACCCUUCUGACCCUCUGCUCUUUCAUUCUCCUCCAUUCCCCGUUUUAUUUCCUUCUGCCCCUUUACAUCCACUAGAUUCCCUCUCUUCUAGAUCUCCUUUACCCUAUUUCCCUCCUCCAAGCAAUCCUCUGUCCUUAAUUCCCACACAACACCUCUUCUUUCACCUGACACUCGCCCAACUUGAUCAAAACAAUAAAAAUAAAAAAAGACACGCAUAUCUAUCCCCCAAGGCACCAUUGCUCGGUCCCAAUUAUCAGAUUCAGACCAGUCGCGAGAAAUAGGAAUUCAGUCAAUCAAUUAGUCUGCCCAUCAGUAUGUCAGCAGAACCCAGAACGAGUCCAACACCAAGAUAUACGAUCCUUGUUACCAUUGUCGAGGGUGAGUCUUUAAUUCUUAUUUUUUUUUUUUUUUA